GUCACAUCCACACUGAGAGAGCUGGGAUUUGACGAUGACAAGGGAGCCAGUGCUGUCUUGGAGUGUGCCAAGCUCUUCAAGCUGCAACAUGACACAGGCAAGAAUUUGAAAACGGUCGUCGUCUUUCCGGCUGUGGUUGGACCAUCGGCGGCGUCGAGUGGAGCAGAAGAGGGGAUGCAAAACCUGUCUGUGAACGGAGGCGGUGGCUCGUUGCUGCCAGAAUCGAGUCCGGAGGGUAGCAUCGCCUUCUCAUCCAUGACAGUCUUUGAGAGAAUGGUGGCCAGCAAAUGCCAAACAUGGACGCAAAAAAAAGGAUGCAACCUGGCGAUGGGUUCCAUCAAAACGACACUGGAAGAGGUCGAGGGAAAGCUCAUGACGGGGACCACACUGACAGAUCCAGAACAAUCCUUUUAUGACAGUGUUUCCAUGUCGGCAUUGGAAGAAAAACAGGCAUUCGUCAAAGCACAAAUGGCGAAACAAGUAGAAGACGGAAAACUCACUGCACCCGAACGCAAUCAACUGUUGGAACAAGUAGCAGAGCGAUUGGCCAAUCUCAACAAAGAAAAGGAAGAGGCAGAAGCAGCUGGCAAAGCCAAGCGAGGGCAACAAUUAUCCAACAUGAUUGCAAAAGCAGAAGAACGAAAAUCCAAACUUGAAAAGAUUGUGGCCAAAUCGCCUCCACCUCUCAAACACGAAGCAGAAAUUGGCAAACUGCGAAAAGAGCUAGAGCCACUCUUGGACGUGGAAGAGGCAUCCAAGGGCCGCCUGCUGUCCGUCAAAGAAACUCAAGCGCUGGGACGGAAAGAGGAAAUAGAAGAACAAAUCAUGCAACUUGAGGUGAGUACAUACUUGUAA